AUGCAGCCGGAGGGUCUAAAUAUACAAACCUCUAUAACCCAGGAUGACCGACCAGGGACACCGCCGCGACCACCCUAUUCCCCGGUGACGCCGGUUUUCGCGCCCCUCGCCCCCGUCACCAACGGCGAACCAUCGAUCAUACCGCCGUCCUCACCCUCGCCCACUACUCGCCCUCUAUUAUAUACUGGAUACCCUCCCCAACCACCGCCACCACCGCGCGACCCCCCGGUCUUCAAGCCGGAGCCGCCACCCGUUCCUAUCUCCGAGAGCGAGAACCCAGAUGCCAUCGCGCUGCGCUCGGCCCUUUCGAUCCUGCAACUCCAGAAACAGCAGAGUCUGCGCGAUAUCCAGACGCUAGAUCGCUUGAAAGAUGCUGCCGCUGCGGACCCGGCGGGGUUCGCGCGCGAGCUGGCUGCCGGGCGCCUGAAGACUGAAGAUCGGGGCGCGGUGGUCCAGUUUUCGGAGGAAGAUGACGAAGAGGAGAAGGAGGGGCAUGCAGAAGGGACACAGGGGCCUGAAUAUACCCAGGGUUCGAAACUAUCCGCCGAUGAAUCUAAGUUCGGCCGUAUCCCACCGCCGCAGAACGUCGUGCGCAUGCCUCCCAUCAACUGGGCCAAAUACCAGGUCGUCGGAGAAUCGCUGGAUCGCAUGCAUAAUGAGCAGCUGCAUCGUCCGAAUCCCGGAGAGCCCCGGCGUGGAGAGGCCGCUCCCGAGCAUGUCUUGGCCUCGCCGUAUCGUCCGCUGGUGGAUAAGCUUGAGACGCCUGCACGAUCCAGUCGACUGAGCAAAGGGAAGAAGCUUUAA